UUUGUGAAGCAAUAUCGGAAUUGGAAGAUCGCCGUUUUUCUCUCAAGGCUCCACUCAAUCCGCUGUUCGGUCUGGAAACUCAUGAAGCUCUAAACUUGUCCUCUAUCAGACGCUACUAUGGCGGUUAGAGCAGUUAAUAGCAGCUAUAUUUUUCGCUCUUCAUCCCCUCCUCUCUCGGCGUUCCACAUAUGCUGCUGCCGCUGCCAUUUUAGGACAUUGCAGGUUCGUUGCUACCGUGAACUGAGUUCCCGGCGUUCACCGCUGUUCCACUUUCAAUCUCAGUUCUUCAACUAUGGUGGUGUUCGAAGCUGUACCUUCCAAAGUCUCGUCGAGAGCGUCAUGGAAGAGCUUAAAGUCAUGCGCAAAAGCAGGAAGAGAGCUUCCUCCGGUUCCGUCAUGGCACUGAUGGGUGAAGAAAUUCUUGAAGAUAGACUUGUGAGCCGUUCAUUGCAAAAAGGGUUGCUUUUGGAAUUCAAGAAGGAUUCUGAUAAAAUCUUGCUAGCAGUUGCUCAGAGGCCUGAUGGCAAGAAGAACUGGAUGGUUUCUGAUCAGAAUGGUGCCACUUCUUCAAUUAAACCACAACAAGUGACAUAUAUUGUGCCUGGUAUCAGUAACUUUGAGCAAGCAGAUAUUUCAGAUUUUCUCCAGAAAGCUAAGGACAACUUGGAUCCAUCACUACUUGAAUUUGCUUGGAUUGAGCUUCUGGAGGAGAACAAGUCAGUGACAGCAGAAGAAUUGGCCGAGAUGAUUUUUGGCAAUGCUGAGCCUCUUGAGAGCUAUUCUGCACACAUGUUGCUUUCAAAAGAUGAAGUAUACUUCACAGUGCAGGAGACCAAAGGCUCUCGUACCAUUUACAGGCCGCGACGAACUGAACAGGUUGAGGAGCUUAUGCGCAGGAAGAUAGCGAGGGAAGCGGCUGAGAAGGAACUACAGGAUUUUGUGAAAUUGCUUUGUUCGGCAAAAUCAAUGCCUUCACAUGAUAAACCUCCCAAAGCUUCAUGGAUGGGUGAAGAGAAAAUCUGGAGUCGAAUUGAGUCAUUAGAAGCAUAUGCUGUUGAUGCAUGUAAAAAUGAUGAACAAAGAAAAACAGCUGGGAUGAUUCUUAAGGAAAUGGGUUUGACAAAAACUGCAUCUUCGGCUGUAAAUCUCCUGAUAGAUAUUGGCUAUUUUCCUGUACAUGUCAAUCUUGAUUUGUUGAAGCUAGGAAUUCCUACCAAUCAUUCAGAAGAAAUUAUAUCAGUUGCUGAAGGUCUCCUAGCAGACUCGUCUGAUGUAGAUGAGAUUAACAGGAAGGAUUUUACUGAUUUGAAGGUUUAUGCCAUUGAUGUUGAUGAAGCUGACGAGCUUGAUGAUGCUUUGAGUGCGACAAGGUUGCAAGAUGGCCGCCUUAAAGUUUGGAUACAUGUUGCAGACCCAACUAGAUAUGUUCGACCUGGAAGUAUUUUGGACAGGGAAGCUAUGAGAAGAGGGACUUCUGUUUUCUUGCCGACUGCCACGUAUCCUAUGUUUCCAGAUAAACUUGCCAUGGGCGGUAUGAGUUUGAGACAAGGAGAGCAUUGUAAUGCUGUUACAGUAUCCAUUGUGCUGCAUAAUGAUGGCAGCAUUGCAGAAUGUUCAGUGGAUAAUUCAGUCAUUAAGCCAACGUACAUGCUGACAUAUGAAAGUGCAUCUGAGCUACUUCAUUUAAACCUCGAGGAGGAGGUGGAACUCAGAAUUUUGUCUGAGGCUGCAAAUCUUCGAUUAAAUUGGCGACGCCAGCAGGGUGCAGUUGAGACAGCAGCCCUAGAAACUCGCAUUAAAGUGCCUAAUCCAGAGGAUCCUGAACCAUCAAUAAAUCUUUAUGUUGAAAACCAAGCUGAUCCUGCAAUGCGAUUAGUCUCUGAGAUGAUGAUACUUUGUGGUGAAGCCAUAGCUACAAUUGGAUCCCAGAAUGGCAUCCCUUUACCCUACAGGGGACAGCCCCAGUCAGACAUAGACAUGUCUGAAUUUGCACACCUUCCAGAAGGACCCGUUAGGAGCUUUGCCUUGGUCAGAGUAAUGCGUGCUGCUGAAAUUGAUUUCAGGAAGCCAAUGCGCCAUGGGGUUUUGGGACUUCCUGGUUAUGUUCAGUUUACAUCUCCCAUACGUAGAUAUUUGGAUCUUCUUGCACAUUAUCAGGUAAAGGCAUUUAUAAAGGGUGAGCCUCCCCCUUUUUCAGCUGGUCAGCUUGAAGGAAUAGCUGCUGUUGUAAAUGACAGAUUUAGAACAGUAAGAAAGCUUUGCAGCAGUAGCCUUCGAUAUUGGACAUUAGAAUAUUUACGGAGACAACCUAAAGAGAAAAGAUAUCAUGCGCUGAUCCUUAAAUUUAUAAAAGAUCGAAUUGCAGCCUUACUGUUGACUGAGGUUGGAUUUCAAGCUACUGCUUGGGUGUCUGUUGGAACUCAGAUAGGGGAUGAGAUAAUAGUUAAGGUGGAAGAAGCACAUCCACGUGAUGGCGUACUUUCUCUGAAGGAGAUCAUAAAAGAUUGACCAAAGAGCCUUAAUAUUUUCUGUAGAGGACUUGUUCAAUGUCCAGAAUCUUCCACAAAAGGUAAACAGACUUGUGUGUGUUCCCAGCGGCUCUAUGUUUCAGUUGACUGACAUGGUGAACGUUGCUCCGAUGGGGGCGGCAGGCUCUUCUCAUUCACUUAUUAUGCUCAGCUCACACUCUGGGCUGCAGCCUAAUCUUGUUUUCAUUGACAAAUUUUCAACCUCAGACUCGUUGAGCUGUUCAAAUUUUGAAGUGUCAUUUCUGGCAGAGAAAUUUUGAAACAUCCUAACCAGCAAAGUUAGCUCUUCUCUAUUAUCCUGCUAGUGUACAGUUCUUUACCAAUUUUUCUCCAACCGUACGGUCCCACAAAGUUAGAAGGUCCUCUGCCCCUCUCCUGUACAUUUCCUUAUUGUUCUAAUGAUAUGGUCAGGAUAUGUCCGGCAAGAGCUGGUAAUGCGGAACUUGAGGCAAUCUGUUUAUUGAUAUAUUUAUUUUUUUCCAAUAUAUUGAGUGGAGGAUUUUUCUGCUGUAAUAUAUUUUAGCUUGAUAUGUAUGCGGCUAUGUAAGUUUGUCUUAAUUGAAUAUAUCUGUUCAAUUUAAUCUCGUGUUCUACCGUUGCUUAGUUGGAAUGGGAUAUGAAUUUGGGUAGAUGUUCCAGUUCCAAUCCUUGUUUUUUUUCCUUCUUUUUACAUUUUCCAAUGUGUUAAUUUAAACAGUGAGGACCAGAUGGGAUUCAAUAAAGUAUUUGAAAGCAUGAUGGAGAAUAGGCGGGGGAAAAUCUGAAUUACGUAGUGAUUUAUCACAAUUGACAAUAAAAACGAUGGUGGCACAAGAGAAGUGGGUUUCGGGGGAAAAGUACCCAUCUCUUAGAUAGAGUUGAAUAUGAUCAAUGUGAUAUUGCUGUUUAUGGCACUUGCAUUGACCGGUAAUCGGCUUCCCAAGAUCUUUAUGACAAACAGUUCCUAUCUUCUCCCCUUGAAGCACUCUCAUAAUGUUGUCUGUAGUAUAGCCACUUGAAAGGAGAUUGAAUUCAAAUCUUUUUUUUUUACCUGAAAGAUUGAAUUCAAAUCAAAGUCAGUAGAAUAGGAAAAUCCCUGUAUCCUUGUACCAGAGAAAAGAAUCAGAGCUAACACUCACAACAGAAAUUAGAGCCCUUUUUGUUUUUUUUCCACUUCAGAUAGUUGGCAUUCCGAGACAUUAUAAGCCUAUAGAAAAUAUGAAUUGUUGCAA